UUGAAGUAUACCUCUGAACUAAUAUUACAGAUUCUGACGUACUUGUACUAAUAAAUUUGGUAGUAAACAUACACAGAGAUGGACUGAAUCAUAAAAUAUGUUGUGAAUCAUAAAAUCAUACUAAGAAAACUCUAUACAAGAUCAUCUGCAUCAGUGAACUCCAUGGAGAGUUCACACAGUUUUCGAAAAAAAAAAUAUUAAAAUAAACAAAAGGAGUGAACCUGUCUCUUGCAGGAUCACUGCAGUGAACCUGUCUCUUGCAGGAUCACUGCAGUGAACCUGUCUCUUGCAGGAUCACUGCAGUGAACCCGGGCCAUCACUGUAGCGCGGGCCCCACGGCACGUGGCGGCCCACGAUUGGUCCGAUUAAUUAUUUUUUUUAAAAAAAAAAAAUCAAACAGAAAAAAAAUAAUAAAAAAAUACUUUGUGAACCCUUUGUAAGAGGUUCACUUAUGCAGAUUCCCUAAUGUAUUUGGGCCUUUUAACCCGACCCGACUCGAAUUUUUACAUGAAAUUAUUGGAUCUAGUAAAUGAAGACACGUGUGUGCUACUGUGCUGUAUAUUUGAGAAUCUGAGCUGAGUUGUAUAUAUUGCUCGUCUCUGUCACUGCCACUUCUCCACAAACCCUAAAAGCACUCUCUCCCUCUCUCUCUCUUUCUCUCUCUCGACUGUACAUGGCGACGGUUUGCGUUAGAAAUGUUGGUACUUCGCCGGAGAAGAAGCUAUCAACGGCGAGUUACUCUUGUAGAGGCUCCAAAAUGUCAGUGAUGAGCCAAAAGUCUCAACCGUCGGAUCCUAAGUUAGAAAACGAAGAUCCUGUAGACUUUGAGUUUCUUCUCGAAGAUCCCGUCACAAUGUUAUCCGCCGACGAGCUUUUCUCCGACGGCAAACUAAUCCCGCUUAAGUUUUCCGGCUCGGUUAGUUCGAGGGAGAAGCCUAUAACAACAGCCGUUAACACGGCGGCGAAACCAUGCCGAAGAUUAGAGAUGGAGAGUGCUGAUCCUUACACCUUCUCUCCGAGAGCUCCACGUUGCACCAUGAGAUGGCGUGAGCUUCUAGGCCUUAAGAGACUCACCAAAACGCCGGAAGAAGCGUCCUCGCCGCCUUCGCGGUUGUCUUCUUCUACUCCAAACCCCAAAACGGCGUCGUUUAGGUAUUUACUCAACCGAAGCUCCAAAUCUUCUAAGGACUCGGACAUAUCGGAGACGUCAACGUCGGUCUCCUCUUCACGUCUCUCACUCUCUUCCUCCUCUUCCUCGGGCCACGAUCUCGACGACGUUCCUAGGCUCUCUCUAGACCGGGACAACAAACCCAACAACGCUCCAAACCCGUUUGCCCGGUCACGUGCCCCCCACCACCACCACCAACUUAGGAAGCCACGACGUCAUUCACCAUCUGAUAAAACGACGGAGAGGGCCUUGACGGUGACGGCGGAUAGUCCGAGACUAAAUGCUUCAGGGAAGAUCGUGUUUCAUGGGCUCGAGAGAAGCUCUAGCAGUCCCGCGGGUAACUUCACAGGCGGACCAAGAAUGAAACAUCACCAUGGGAUGCCGAGAUCUCAGUCUGCUAAUGUGAGAAUCACUCCUGUUCUUAAUGUUCCUCUCUCUUCCCUCCGUGGUGGUUCGAAACCGGGUCUCUCUUUUGGCCAGCUUUUCGCUUCUUCGUCAGGGAACAACAUUACCAAGAACCGUACCAAGACUAGCUUAACCGGAUUCUAAUUGUACUUGAACCGGCUUUAGUAGCAAAGAGCUUCGUUUUAGUGGGGUGGUUUUUCAUCAGAUGAGGUUAGAUUUGGGUUCAAAAUGUAAAUAAAGAGAAAUAUAUGAUUUUCUAUUAUGUUCUGCAUGGAGCGAGUUGUUCGAAACUGGAGAAAACAAGACAGUCAUUAAAAUACUGUAGCAAGAGUAAGAAGUGCUUCCCAUGUUCAGAGGGUUUAUAUUCGAAGAUAUUAAACCACAUGUUUAGAUAAUAUAAAAAUGUUUUGGCU